AUGGGGUUUCGCAUGCUGCAAGACUUUAUGCGCGUGCAGCGCUGGGAGCGCUCGAUCCGGAGGCGCGAGGAUCACUCAGAGGGCAUUGUUGUGCGCAGCAUUCGUAUGAUCCCGUGGUCUGGGGUGGCCAUGUUCUUCUUCAUUAUGGUUUUCUUCGGUUUCGACCUUGGUGCCGGCAUCAAGCAGACAGCGCAGCAGAUCAAGGACAAGAAGAAGGAUGCGCAGACGACGCUGGAGGUGCAGAAGAUCCAGGCGCGCCAGUGGUCGGUGGAGCAAGUGAAGAACUUUAGGGAGGGCGAGAUGCCGCAGCCUUCGUGGGAGAAGGGCGGUCCACGGGCGAGGUGA